AUGCCGGAUAACUCCCUGCCUAAAGUCAUGGCAGCGGCGCCCGGGGGAGGAAAUGGAGCCAGCAAGAAGAGGGGAGCCUACCAGGACCGGGAUAAGCCGGCCCAGAUCCGCUUCAGCAACAUCUCCGCCGGCAAAGCUGUUGCUGAUGCUGUCAGAACCAGUCUUGGACCAAAGGGCAUGGAUAAAAUGAUCCAGGAUGGUAAAGGCGAUGUAACAAUUACAAAUGAUGGCGCAACCAUUUUGAAACAAAUGCAAGUUUUGCACCCAGCAGCAAAAAUGUUAGUUGAGUUGUCCAAGGCCCAAGAUAUAGAAGCUGGAGAUGGCACAACAUCUGUUGUAGUCAUUGCUGGAUCUCUUCUGGAUGCUUGUGCUAAGUUGCUACAAAAAGGAAUCCACCCCACUACUAUUUCUGAGUCAUUCCAGUUGGCUGCAGAGAAAGGAGUUGAAAUUUUGAGCAGCAUGGCUCAGCCGGUGGAGUUAAGUGAUCGUGAAACUCUAUUAAACAGUGCCACAACAUCGCUCAACUCGAAAGUGGUUUCUCAGUACUCCAGCUUGCUUGCCCCGAUGAGUGUGGAUGCUGUGAUGAAGGUGAUCGACCCAUUGACCGCAAAUAGCGUUGAUCUUCGGGACAUUAAAAUUGUCAAGAAACUUGGAGGAACCAUUGAUGACUGUGAACUGGUUGAAGGACUUGUUUUAACACAGAAGGUGGCAAACACUGGAGUAACACGUGUAGAGAAAGCAAAGAUCGGCCUGAUCCAGUUUUGUUUGUCUGCUCCAAAAACAGAUAUGGACAAUCAAAUCGUGGUGUCAGACUAUGCACAGAUGGACAGAGUGUUACGUGAGGAGAGAAACUACAUCCUCAAUCUUGUGAAACAAAUAAAGAAAGCUGGAUGCAAUCUUCUUCUUAUACAAAAGUCUAUUUUAAGGGAUGCCCUUAGUGAUCUUGCCUUACACUUCCUAAAUAAAAUGAAGAUCAUGGUGGUUAAGGACAUUGAGAGAGAAGACAUUGAAUUUGUAUGCAAGACAGUUGGAACUAAGCCAAUUGCACACAUUGACCAGUUUACUCCAGACAUGUUGGCAUCAGCUGAACUGGCUGAAGAAGUUAGUCUUAAUGGGAGUGGAAAACUAGUAAAGAUAACUGGUUGUGCCAAUCCUGGAAAAACGGUUACAAUUGUUGUUCGCGGAUCCAACAAACUGGUUAUUGAAGAAGCUGAACGCUCGAUUCAUGAUGCACUUUGUGUUAUCCGCUGCUUAGUUAAAAAGAGAGCUCUGAUUGCAGGAGGAGGUGCUCCAGAGAUUGAAUUAUCCCUUCAUCUAAAUGAAUAUGCUCGAACCCUCAGUGGCAUGGAGUCUUACUGUAUCCGAGCCUUUGCAGAUUCUUUGGAGGUUAUUCCAUCCACACUUGCAGAAAAUGCAGGUCUUAACCCAAUAUCAACUGUGACAGAGCUGAGGAACAGACAUGCGCAGGGAGAGAAGACAGCUGGCAUCAAUGUGCGGAAGGGAGGAAUAUCAAACAUUUUGGAAGAGUUGGUUGUUCAACCACUGUUGGUGUCUAUCAGUUCAUUGACUCUGGCUACAGAAACUGUUCGUUGUAUCCUGAAGAUUGAUGAUGUGGUCAGUAUUUAA